GGGGGCGGCCCGGAGCGGCGCUGCCGGGAUGGGAGCGUGAGAGGGGGCGAGUCCGCGGCCGGAGGAGCUGCGGUCUGAGCGGGGGCUGGUGCCGGCGGCCUCGGACCCGCCAUGGAGCCGGUGACCAAGUGGAGCCCGAAGCAAGUGGUGGACUGGACUAAGGGCCUGGAUGAUUGCCUGCAGCAGUAUGUCCAUAAAUUUGAACGGGAGAAGAUAAAUGGUGAACAGCUGCUGCAGAUUUCUCACCAGGACCUUGAAGACUUGGGUAUCUCAAGGAUUGGACACCAGGAACUGGUUCUAGAGGCUGUAGAUCUCCUGUGUGCACUGAACUAUGGCCUUGAAACAGACAAUAUGAAGAACCUGGUUCUCAAGCUACGAGGGUCAUCCAACAAUCUGCAAAACUACAUCAGCAGCCGUAGGAAAAGUUCCAGUUAUGAUGGAAAUACCUCUCGCAAGCCCCCCAAUGAAUUCCUUACUUCCGUCGUAGAGCUUAUUGGUGCUGCUAAAGCCUUGCUUGCAUGGUUGGACAGGACCCCAUUUACAGGUAUUGCUGACUUUUCAUCAAUGAAGAACAGAAUCAUUCAGCUCUGCUUGGACCUCACUACUACUGUUCAAAAGGAUUGCACUGUGGCUGACAUGGAAGAUAAAGUCCAGAGUGUGGCCAAGACUUUAAAUGGCAUUUGUGAUAAAGCCAUCCGAUCAACUACAGACCCACUGAUGAGCCAGUGUGCCUGUCUGGAGGAGGUCCAUUUAACCAACAUUAAACCUGGGGAAGGCCUGGGAAUGUACAUCAAAUCAACAUAUGAUGGAUUGCAUGUAAUUACUGGAACUACAGAAAACUCCCCUGCUGAUCGCUCCCAGAAGAUUCACGCUGGUGAUGAAGUGAUCCAGGUUAAUCGGCAAACUGUGGUUGGCUGGCAACUAAAAAAUCUGGUGGCAAAGUUGCGAGAGAAUCCUGCUGGAGUUCGGCUGCUGCUUAAGAAACGUCCAACCGGCUCUUUUCAUUUCACUCCUGCUCCUCUGAAGAACCUGCGCUGGAAACCACCCUUGGUGCAGACCAGUCCCUCACCAGCUUCAACUCAGCCACCAGAAAGCACCGUGGACACCUCACUGAAGAAGGAGAAGCCAGCUAUUUUGGAUCUGUACAUACCCCCUCCACCAGCUGUUCCAUAUUCUCCUCGAGAUGAAAAGGGGAGCUUUGUGUAUGGAGGAGGCAGCAAACGCAGCCAGCCACUGCCUGGGUCCAAGGGCGCCGAGUCUCCCAACUCUUUUCUGGAUCAGGAGAGCCGCAGGCGGAGGUUCACUAUUGCCGACUCAGAUCAGCUGCCUGGGUACCCCAUGGAAGUAAACGUCCUGCCAGCCAAGAUGAGAGAAAAAACCCAGUCCUAUGGAAAACCUCGUCCUUUGUCAAUGCCUGCUGAUGGAAGCUGGAUUGGAGCUGCAGAACCCUUCUCUAGGCCACGAGGAUCAGGGAGAAAAGGUGAAGAUGUCCUCUGCAGGUACUUCAGCAAUGAAAGGAUCCCCCCAAUCAUUGAGGAAAGCCCCUGCACGCAGCACCCGCUCUCCAGGCCAGUGUCUGACAAGCAGUUAGUGAGGGGAACGGAUUAUAUUCGAGGCAGCAGGUGUUUUAUGAAUGCAGACCUCCACAACAGUGCAACAAUUCCUUUUCAAGAGGAAGGUGCUAAAAAGUCAUCAGUUACAUCAUCCACAAAAUCCUCCUCAGCAGAGCCCUCGCUGCUGGUCAAUUGGUUCACGAGACUGAAACUGUUGACUCACUGACUUGUCCCCAGCUCUGUGACCAAGUGCCUUUGCUCAUCGGUCAGACCUCUCCACUCUGCAGCUUAACUGACACACAGUGACUAAUGCAGUAUUCUUCUCCUGGAGAAUCUCACACUUUAGCCUUUUUGUUUGUCAUUUUUGAUGGAUCAGAGGGUUCCAUAGUGCAAGGAGCGAAGAAAGAUCAAGUUCCUCUUCCUGGCCAAAAACCGAAGGCGUUUAUUCCCAUGGAAAUGAGUAAAAUUUCAGUGAGGGUAGAGGCCACAAGUGACCUUGAAAAUGCGUACUGACUCAGAAGAAAGCAUUGCAUUACUGUGAAGUCCAGUGGCACUUUAGUUGUCUGAAUGCUCAGAGGCUGGUGCAACUGGCAGGGUGUCAGAGUAUGAAGAGCUCACAGAAGUUGUCACUCUCCUGACUGGGAAAAUAAGCAGGGAAACAGCAGUUUCAUGGAACUUGGUGAUGCUGUUUCAAGUACAGCAUGAGAUCAACCCUGUGAAGAAGAAGUAAUGGUGUUACCGUUUUUUCUCUGAUAUCCAGAGUUCCUAUGAAGUCUUAGGAAGAGAGUUCUCUUAUUCAGAGAUUUUAGGAAGUUGGACUAAUUAAUUAUAAAUCAAUCCAACCUUAUAUAUAUAUAAUCUAUUUUAUUUGAAAUCACAGUACAAAUAAGGAGCACUGAACAACUGCAGUGCUCAUCAGUAAAGGUAUAUGGAUUGCUACAAGCCAAGGAAAUGCAUCUGUAGAGGUGGUGAAAGAAUAUAUAUUUUUUCCUUAAUUGUUUAAGAAUGACUUGCUGUUAACCAAAGUAACUUUUAAAGACAGUCCUGUUGGACUUAUGAGAACUUUUACAGCGUUCAAUUUUUGAAUGAUGUGUUGUUUUUAUGAAAAAUAUGUGCUAUCAUACACUACAAUUGUAAGACAUCUUGCUAUUUUCUAUAUAGCUCUAAUUUUUACCCCUCCAGAAUUUUAAAGUAGCCUUGGGUAUUUUGUGAGGAAAAUAAAACUUGUUUAACAAAAGAGGAGGAUAUUAAAGAGGUAUUGUUUAAGAAGGAAUGUACAUAAGAUUGUUAGUAUGCAAACAGUUGUGUUUAAAGUUAUUUAAAUGUUAAAUAUAGUUGUAUAUAUUUUUACAUUUAAACGGAUAGAGUUUGUACCUUCCUGUAUUGAAGUAUUGGGCACAGCUUAGUCAAAUGAAAAGAAAAUAAGGUUUUGUAUUACCUUCUAAUUAUAAGACUAACUAUUUUUGUAGAUGAUACAUUGCCGACAGCCUCUACUCCUUUGGUCUUGCUGAAAAGAAGGAUUUGUAUUUAAUGACUGGUGGGGAAGGAGGGGAGUUAAAUGCUAGUUUGCACUCAGGACUGGGGCAGGAAUCACAUGUGAUAACAGGAUAUUAAAAACACACUGUGUCUGUGAAGAUGUCACCAUUCUCCUGCAAUGAGCUGAUGAAGUUGUGCUACAGCCCCACAGAGAGAGAGUGUUUCAUUCACUUCUCAGUUAAUUGUGUUUGAUUUUGACUCACUAAUGACUGGAAAGGCUGGUUUGGACCUUUCUGAUCAAAGCAGACAUGUCUGUCUUCUGCCACUCUCCUCCACUCCCCGAGAUGGCAGUCUGUACUAGACAUGAACUGCUGCUGGGCAGCUGAACCCUGGAACAGUUUGGUCCUGCCUCCAAGAAAAGGGCUGAAACUGCCAUGCUGUAGGCUCUGUGGUGUAUAGACCUGCCUCAAAAAGGCUGAACUGUUCUGAAGAUGUUGUCCAAACACGACUUUUAAAGUGGAAGUUCUGCUCAUCUUCA